AUGAGUUCCCCAUCCCAGGUCUAUCUGCUCCCUUUGAAGGAUGAUGGCUCACCCGAUGUUCCCGGUGGGUACGUCUACCUGCCAGCUCCGACGGAGAAGGGAUAUGUGCUGCGUUUCAUCAUUGAAGGAACCAGCUCCAUCUGCCGACAGGGCAGCUUGUGGGUCAAUAUUCCCGAAGAGGGUAAGGCCUUUGAUCGCCAAUCGUUUCGCGAGUUCAGACUGCGGCCCAAUUUCAACGAGAAUAUCCAGAUCGAUAUCCGGGUUCCCAGCGCUGGCUCCUUUGCCUACUAUGCCACGUUCACCCCGUUGCCAAACUUCUCCAUUGAGGCCGUUAAGACACCGGAGCCCGUUAAAAGCCAGCUUUAUUACAUAGACGUGUCGCCAAAGCUGGUACUGCAAGGAAAGGACUUGCCGUUGAAUGCUCUUUCCAUCUUCUCAGUGAUCUCGAAGUUCAUGGGAAAGUACCCCGUGGACUGGGAUGGUCAUCUUCAUGGCAUCAGUCAGCGAAACUAUAACAUGGUUCAUUUCACACCGCUCAUGCAGCGUGGAGCUUCAAACUCGCCGUACAGCAUCUUUGAUCAGGUUUCCUUUGAUUCGGGCCUAUUCCCCAACGGAGAGGCUGAUGUCGCAUCUCUCGUGUCAAAAAUGGAAAAGGACUAUGGCCUUCUGACUCUUACCGAUGUUGUUUGGAAUCACACUGCCAACAACAGCAAGUGGUUGGAAGAACACCCAGAGUCUGGAUACAGUGCCGAGACAGCGCCAUGGUUGGAAUCUGCUCUUGAGCUGGAUACGGCUUUGUUGAAAUUUAGCGAUGAUCUCGAGUCUUUGGGCUUGCCGACCGAGUUUAAAACGGUGGGUGAUGUGGAAACUGUCAUGAAAGUGUUGCGCAAAGAAGUAAUUGAUGCUCUUCGCUUAUGGGAAUUUUACGCCCUUGACGUGAAAUCCAACGCGAAGAAGAUUUUGGACGCAUGGACCGGCGGAGCUGUUGAUCAAGCAAUCCUCCAGGCCGAUUACUUGCAAAAGUUCCAGAGCUUGUCACCAAAGGAACAAUCAGCGAUCGUCCGUACUCAUGGUAUGGUGAACUCAAACCAACUUCGCGGGAGAUUCGAGCGUGAAGUAGAUGCCGCUUUCGGUGCUGCUAUUUUGACAGCUAUUCAUGGAGAUUUCGAGAACAAUGAGGCUGUCCUCCCCGAGGCUGAAGCCUCACUUUCCAAGCUUCUUGAUGCUGUGAAUCUUCCACUCUACGAAGAGUACGACACCGAUGUCGCCGAUAUCAUGGAUCAAUUGCUCAACCGUACCAAGUAUCUUCGAAUCGAAGAUCAUGGCCCAAAGCUUGGCCCUAUUACCAAAGAGAACCCGUUGAUAGAAACCUACUUCACCAGACUGCCUGUCAAUGAUAUCACCAAGAAGCACAACCCCAAGGCCCUUUCACUAGCCAACAAUGGCUGGAUUUGGAACGCCGAUGCUAUGAAAGACAAUGCCGGGCCAAACUCCAAAGCCUACCUUCGCCGCGAGGUUAUUGUGUGGGGUGAUUGUGUCAAGCUCCGGUAUGGAGAGUCACCAAAAGACAGCCCUUUCCUCUGGGAAUUCAUGACCAAAUAUACCCGUCUGAUGGCCAAGUACUUUUCUGGAUUCCGAAUCGAUAAUUGUCACUCUACACCGCUGGUGGUCGCAGAAUAUUUAUUGGAUGAAGCGCGUCAAGUUCGUCCAAACCUUACUGUGUUCGCAGAACUCUUCACAGGAUCCGAGGAAGCAGACUAUGUAUUUGUCAAACGCUUGGGUAUCAAUGCCCUCAUUCGAGAGGCCAUGCAAGCUUGGAGCACCGCAGAAUUGAGUCGCUUGGUUCAUCGUCAUGGUGGUCGACCAAUUGGUAGCUUUGAUGUGGACCUCCCGUCCGCCGGCAGUAGCCACGCCAUUGCGUCCGCUAAGUCUGGAAACACGGAUGAGCAAAUUACCCAUAUUAGACCAACACCCGUCCAGGCAUUGUUCAUGGACUGUACCCAUGACAAUGAAGUCCCUGCCCAGAAGCGCGAUGCUCGGGAUACUCUUCCAAAUGCUGCUCUCGUCGCAAUGUGCGCGUCCGCAAUUGGAAGUGUGAUGGGUUACGAUGAAGUCUACCCCAAGCUUAUUGAUCUGGUUCACGAGACUAGACAGUACGCAUCGCCAUUUUCCGGAGACCACGACCUAGAAAUUGGCUCUGGACCUGGUAUUGGAGGCAUCAAGAAGCUUCUGAAUGAGCUCCACACCAAGAUGGGCGUCGAGGGUUAUGACGAGACCCAUAUCCACCACGACGGCGAAUACAUUACUGUUCACCGAGUGCAUCCCAAGACUAGAAAGGGUGUGUUCCUUAUCGCUCACACUGCUUACCCUGGCAAUGAUAACGGGGCAAUACUUGCUCCUACCCACAUCACUGGUACACAGGCCAAGCACCUUGGCUCUUGGGCUCUUGAGGUGGACACGGCUGAUGAGACCAAGACUAAGGUCCUCGGAGAUGAUAAGUAUCUCGGGGGCCUGCCCAGCAAAACACAUGACAUCGAAUGUACCCAGAUCGAAGGGGAUGGAAACGAUGUUACCAUUUCUGUGCUCAAGACCCUUGUUCCGGGAUCCAUUGCACUUUUUGAGACUUGGAUUCCUAGCGCAGAGCAUGCCAGCGGACUGGACAGUUUCCUUUCUAGCGGAGCAGAUGAAGCAUUCAGUGACCUCAGCCUCAUUGAUCUCAACUUUGUGCUCUACCGCUGUGAUGCAGAGGAGAGAGAUUCAAGCGACGGGCAAGACGGUGCCUACACGAUUCCCAAACAUGGAUCCUUGGUUUAUGCGGGCCUGCAGGGCUGGUGGAGCGUUCUCGAAGACAUAAUCAAACAUAACCAGCUCGGUCAUGCGCUUUGUGAUCACCUGCGUGAGGGCCAAUGGGCCCUUGACUACCUCGUCGGGCGUAUGGAGAAGGUAGCCUCCAAGGAGGGCUAUGUCGCACUACACAAACCUGCUGCAUGGCUUCGUGAGAAAUUUGAUGCCGUUCGAAGUCUGCCAAACUUCUUGCUUCCACGAUACUUUGCAAUUAUCAUUCAAAUAGCUUACAAUGCUGCUUGGAAAGCUGGAAUCCACCAGUUUAGCGACAACGUCCGUUAUGGCCAAGAGUUUGUUCACCAACUGGCGAUGGUCAGCGUUCAGCAGACUGGCUUCGUCAACUCGGCCUCGCUUUGGCCCACCAAGCAGGUUCGCAGUCUAGCAGCUGGCUUGCCCCACUUCGCUGUUGAUUGGGCCCGAUGCUGGGGACGCGAUGUGUUCAUCUCCAUUCGUGGUCUGUUCCUCUGCACGGGCCGAUUUGAUGACGCGAAAGAGCACAUCAUUGCAUUCGCCAGUGUUCUCAAGCAUGGCAUGAUUCCAAACCUCCUUAGCAGUGGCAAGUUGCCUCGCUAUAACUCGCGCGACUCGGUCUGGUUCUUCUUGCAGGCAAUCCAGGAUUACACAACCAUGGCUCCGAACGGCAUUAGUCUGUUGCAGGAGAAGGUCCCUCGCCGCUUCUUGCCCUAUGACGACACCUGGUUCCCCUUUGACGACCCUCGUGCCUAUUCCAAGUCUCCCACCCUUCUGGAGGUCAUCCAAGAAGUGUUCCAGAGACACGCGCUUGGAAUGUCCUUCCGUGAGUACAACGCGGGGUCGGACCUUGAUGUCCAAAUGAAGACCGAGGGUUUUCAAAUCGAUGUAAAUGUCGAUUGGGAAACAGGUAUCGUCUUUGGUGGAAGUCAGGAUAACUGCGGCACAUGGCAAGACAAGAUGGGUGAAAGCGUUGCUGCUGGAAAUAAGGGCUUCCCUGGCACUCCUCGUGAUGGCGCAGCUAUUGAGAUCACUGGUCUUCUUUACAGCGCUUUAAUUUGGGUAUCGCAGCUAAAUGAAUCCAAGGUCUACCCGCACGAGGGUGUGGACAUUGGUGAUGGGAAAUCCAUCACCUUCAAGGAUUGGGCCGGCAAGAUCAAGGCCAACUUUGAGCGAUGCUACUAUGUCCCCACAGACUCCAAGGAAGAUGGCCAGUAUGAUGUAGAUGCCAAGAUCAUUAACCGCCGCGGUAUCUACAAGGACUUGUACAAGUCUGGUAAGCCUUUCGAAGACUAUCAGCUACGAUCCAACUUCCCUAUCGCAAUGACUGUUGCCCCGGACCUGUUCACACCCGAAAAGGCUCUGGCUGCCCUUGCCAUUGCUGACUCUGCUGUCGUUGGCCCCGUUGGAAUGGCCACUCUUGACCCAUCCGACCUGAACUACCGCCCUAACUACAACAACUCUGAGGAUUCCACAGACUUUGCAACCUCCAAGGGUCGCAACUACCACCAAGGCCCCGAAUGGGUUUGGCAGCGUGGGUACUUCCUCCGUGCUCUACUUGCUUUCGAUUUGCUUCGCCGCAAAACGCCCGAAGAGCGCAUCGAGUCUUUCCAGCAGGUCACCCGAAGACUUGAUGGUUGCAAGAAGGCGCUGCGUGAAAGCCCUUGGCGGGGCUUGACAGAGCUCACUAACAAGAACGGAGAGCACUGUGGCGACUCGUCGCCCACACAAGCUUGGUCUGCUGGCUGCCUGCUUGACCUCUACUAUGAUGCGGCUAAGCUUACUUGA